UUCAUUUAAACACCCACCCUUAGCAAUCCACUGAGUGUACAGUGACGCUCAAAGACGAAACAGGAUGAGCUGGCUCAAGUAGGAAAGAAGUAGCAAACUAAAUUUGAGAGGCAAAAGAAGACAAAAGCAGCAAGACAAAGAGUAAAAGUGAAUUUGACGUCAGUGAAGGGCCUCAGUCGAAGAAAUUACAAGAAACAGGCCUAUGGACAACAAGAUUUGACUGACAGGACAACAUAUUUGUCCACCUGUUGACACUGAGAGCUUAUGCUGGAAGACCGACGUCUGGAUAUCUGGUUCAAAAAUGUUUUGGACAAGAUCUUGACUUGGAACUUUUGAAACACUGGACAACAACACGUGAAGACAGUAUGCAAAAGAAAAGCAAGAUUUAAACAGAUACACACUGAGUAAGACAAUGAUUAUAUUGUUAUUCAACAGAACUUUUAAAAUUUUAAAUGUACAAGUGGAUACACUGAAACCAGUGUUAAAUUAUUAGUCUUUUAACACUAAGAAGAAAGUAUCUUGUUAUCUAAAGUGUAUUUGUUUAUCUUCCGUAGAAGCUAAUGAACAAACUUUUACAUAGCUGUGCACAAAUGUAAUUUGAUCUUAAGCUCACAGUGCUAAUUACAAAGUAGGCUCAGGGAAGAAAAAUUACAGACAUUUGUAAUUAAGGACCAUCUAUAAAAAGAAGCCAAGGAAAAGGGUGAGGUCUGCCUGAAGGAGAAGAGGCUGCACAAAAACCAACACAGAGAACAAGAAUCUCACCAAGGAAAACAACUUCUUCUUAAGGACAUCACACACUAUGGAUGCUAAUGGAGGACACUACCUCAACAAAGACGCUGUGCUGUCACCGUUGGGUGCUGCCCGAAUAUGCCAACUAGUGCUCGGCUGCACCAUAAUGGCCCUGGUGUCCCACAGUGCAGGCUACAGCGCCACUUAUGGAGUCUUCUGCAUGUUUGUGUGGUGCUUUUGCUUUGCAGUCACACUGGUUGUGUUCACCUUGGACAUCACUCGGCUUCACACUUGCAUGCCAAUUUCCUGGGAUAACUUCACUGUGGCUUUUGCCAUGCUGGCGACACUCAUGUACAUCACUGCCUCUGUGGUCUACCCAGUUUACUUUCUCAAAACAGAAUGGUCUGAUGAAGACUACGAAGUCCAAAUCUACCGCAUUGCUGUUACAAUCUGCUCCAGUAUCUGUUGUUUCCCAUAUGGAACUGAAGUCUUCUUAACGCGAGCCAAACCAGGAGCAGUGGUGGGCUACAUGGCAACGGUGUCUGGUCUGCUCAAGGUGGUCCAGAGUUUUGUGGCCUGCAUAAUUUUUGGAGCCCUCGCUAAUGACAGUGAGUAUAACCAGUACAUCGCCACCCAGUACUGUGUGGUGGUGUACAGCCUGUGUUUCUCCGUCACUGUAAUAGUGGUCAUACUGACAGUGUCUGGUAGAACAUCUGCCUUGAGGUUCCCAUUUGACCGGUUUGUGGUUGUCUACACUUUCUUCGCUGUGAUCCUCUAUCUCAGUAGUGCACUGGUCUGGCCCAUUUUCAGCUUUGACAGGAAGUAUGGCAACACUACUCGUCCUGAGGACUGCCCACGUGGAGCAUGUUCCUGGGAUAGUAAGCUGGUGGUGGCAGUCUUUACCCAUGUCAACCUGGUACUAUAUUUUAUCGAUCUUGUUUACUCCCAAAGGAUUCGCUUUGUCUCAAGCUCUGCCAUGUAAAAUAUAUAUUUAUAUAUUCACCUAAGAGAAAAAUGCAAUUUUGUGAAAGAUCCAUCACCUUUGAUCCACAACUUCAUUGUUUCCUGUAUGAGUGACACCUUUUACAACCAGUAUUCAUCUGCUUUACUUCAUCUACACAGUGUCUGUGAUAGGCAUUGUGAUACAUAUUACAAAGUUUCUCAGUGCUGCGGUAACCAAAGCCGGCAGCAUCUUAAUCUCAGCAACAAAAGAUGCUGUGGUGAUUUUAUGCAGGUCAAACCUGGAGGAUUGUGUGAGCAUUAGAGUACUGUUAAAUCAGACAGACUCAAUGACUAGGCAAUAUAUUUAACUUUUUUUAAAUGAUCAACAAGAUGAAAAUGUGUUUCAUGCAGCUGUUAAUAACAGAUUAAAUCUUAAGUUUCCAAUGAAUGUAGAUUUUGGUAGUUUUUUUUUGUUUGUUUGUUUGUUUUUUGCCUUUUUGGUCAUUUUGGUGUAUUUUUCUUUUUUCGGCUUGCAACAAAUCCCUAAUUUAUGUUCAAUUUUAUGAGUUUUUUUUGUUAUGUAAAUGUAUCUUAUACAUGAUUUUAUUUUUUAUGAAAAUGAUUGACACAGUUCCAAACUGAGUUCUCUCUCCUUACAUUUAGUAUUAAGCAUAUCAUAUAUGUAGAAUGCCUUAUGUUAAUGUUGAUGUCUCCUUGUGUUGAAUAAAUGACUGAAAUUAUGGUCUAUA